GAGCUAUUCCUGAUCGACAUAAACCCAAGGGUCUCGGGAUCUAAUCAACAUAUGUCUAUGAUGGAUGGAAUGGCAGAAAAGGGAUUCCCGAUAUCGAUGUAUACCGAAUCAAACAAUUUGACAAUCACCGUCGAUGAGUUGAUAUCUCGAGCAAACUGCCUAAACAAGAACAACGAUGCUAUAAUAAUUAUCCUUGCAGCGCAAGCUACGGAGAACGGCAAAUUGCUUACUGCAAUUUCCAUAUUUGCUACAAAGGAGGAUCACCUUCUUGAAGCCAAGGAAAAUGCAUUUAAUUUCUUCCGGGCGUCACUGUGAUAAGGAUAUAUGAAGGCCUAGAUAUUAAGGUAAAAAUUGAAGUAUUCAAAUCAUUUUUAACAAUG